AAUCUUUCAGAUCCUAGCGACUGGCUAAAUACCUCACUUACACCCUUUGCCGCACUUGAAAACUCUCUACGAUGUCAAGUAUGCAAGGACUUCUUUACAACGCCCAUGGUCACCACUUGCUCGCAUACAUUUUGCAGUAUAUGUAUUCGCCGCUGUUUGUCAGUUGAUGGCAAAUGUCCUGCAUGUCGCGCCAACGAUCAAGCUAGUAAAUUGCGCAGGAAUUGGGCGCUGGAGGAAGUCGUAGGCGCAUUCAAGACGGCUAGACCUGUUGCGCUGGAGAUUGCGACAAAAGACAAGAAGGAGAAAGAAGAUGCGCCGAGUCGACCAAGCAAGAGAAGGAGGACAGAGAGACACAGCGGUGGAAGUGACUUGACUGUGCGCACUACGAGAAGUCAAAGCAAGAGGACACAACAAGUCGAUCAACAACCCACAACCCUUGAUGGAGCCGACGAAGAUGGUAGUGACGCUGAAUACACCGAAAACGGCAGCACACAACCAGAAAGACAACCCACACCAGACGACGGACUAGUAGCCUGUCCAAUCUGCCAAACCCGCAUGAAAGAAGAAGUCGUCUUCAACCAUAUCGGAACCUCAGCCUGCACAUCUCCCUCACAAAAACAAAAGAACCCCCCACGUUCUUCCACAACACAAACGCCACAACCGUCAGCACCUCCAAAACCAAUCCCAGACCGCCUCGCCGAACUAAACUACUCCCUCCUCAACGACAAAGCCCUUCGCAAAAAACUCGCCGAACUAGGUAUCCCCACCACAGGUUCCAAGAACCUUCUCUCACGCCGCCACACCGAGUGGGUAAACCUCUGGAAUGCAAAUGUUGAUGCAGGAGCCCCACGCUCUAAACGCGACCUCCUCGACGAAUUGAGAAAGUGGGAUCGAAGUAUUGGUCGCGAACCAGAUCAAUUUGGUACAAGCAACCAGGUUAUGAAAAAGGACUUUGAUGCUAAAGCGUGGAGUACUGGAAACAAAGACGAUUUUACACGUUUGAUCGAGCAGGCGAGGCAAGGGAGGAAUAAACAACAAACACAGCAAAAGAAGGAAGCAGACGAACCAACCAAAGAGACAGAGACACAG